AUGACUGACACUGAACCAAUUGGCUUGUGGUCCCCUGGGGAAGAUCACCUCUCAUACACCCAUCUUUUCUCAGUUGCCUAUAGUUCUUUGUGUAAAGUUGCAGCCUUUGGGCUUUUCCUCAUCCAGUUUGGCAUGUCUAUUAGUGUCAUCCUUGUUCAGCUUGUCCUCAGAGUCUAUUAUGAUCGCCUUGUGGAUAAUGCUGACAGAAGCUGGCUUAUUAACUACAUACAAGAAAUUCUGAAAAAUUACAUGCAGGAAGAUUUUCAUGAUCUAUUUAAAAAUUUGGAUUUUAAUCAUGAUGGCACUGUAGAAGAAGAUGAUUUAAGAAGUUUAAUGUUUUGUGAUUUCCAUGAUCCUAAGAGGGAAGAUUUUGGCUACAGAGAAAUUGCAAAUGUGGAUGCUCUCAGGGUGAUUGUUGAAGGCCAUCUAGAUGAAUAUAACAACAUGAGCAAAAAGCCCAUGAACCUUGUCUUGUUCCGAUUUGCCAUAGAACACAUAAGCAGAAUUUCUCGAAUCUUGAAGCAGCCACGGAGCCACGCCCUCCUGGUGGGGGUGGGUGGGAGCGGAAGGCAGUCAGUCACCAGACUUGCUGCACACAUGGCUGAUUAUUCACUAUUCCAGGUGGAAAUCUCCAAGGGCUACGGUAGCCAUGAGUGGCAUGAAGAUCUGAAAGUGAUCUUAAGAAAAUGUGCAGAGAGUGACAUGCAGGGCGUCUUCCUGUUCACAGAUACACAAAUAAAAAGAGAGUCCUUUCUAGAAGAUGUCAACAAUCUCUUAAACACUGGGGAGGUUCCAAACCUCUUCGCUUUAGAUGAGAAGCAGGAAAUAUGUGAAAAGAUGCGUCAGUUAGAUCGACAGCGGGAUAAAAGCAAACAGACAGAUGGGAGCCCCAUAGCUCUUUUCAACAUGUUUAUUGACUGCUGCCGCAACCAGCUGCAUGUGGUCCUGGCCAUGAGUCCCAUUGGAGAUGCAUUUCGGAUUCGUCUUCGGAAAUUUCCUGCUCUUGUUAACUGCUGUACCAUUGACUGGUUUCAGUCAUGGCCAGAAGAUGCUCUGGAAGCGGUUGCUUCACGGUUCCUGGAAGACAUUGAGAUGUCAGAGGAAAUCCGAGAAGGCUGUAUUGACAUGUGUAAAAGUACCUGUGAAGGACUUUUAGACCAUAACUUUAGUUACUUCAAAAGGGGUGAAAGACUCAGAGCUUGCAGGAUGUCCCUUGAUGCGAUGAACAGAUCUGCACAUCUCACCUCAUUUCAUCUAUUUGCAUCCAGUGAAGUGAUGAAAAUGAAAAGGAGAUACGAAGUGGGUUUGGAUAAGCUGGACUCGGCUUCGUCACAGGUGGCCACCAUGCAGAGUGAGCUGGAGGCGCUGCAUCCACAGUUAAAAGUUGCCAGCAGAGAGGUUGACGAAAUGAUGAUAAUAAUUGAGAGAGAGUCCAUGGAGGUGGCCAAAACUGAGAAAAUCGUGAAAGCUGACGAAACAGUAGCGAACGAUCAAGCCAUGGCAGCCAAAGCCAUCAAAGAUGAAUGCGAUGCCGACUUGGCCGAAGCCCUACCCAUUCUGGAGUCUGCACUGGCUGCCCUUGAUACCCUGACCGCACAGGAUAUCACAGUUGUGAAGUCCAUGAAGAGUCCCCCUGCUGGCGUCAAACUUGUCAUGGAAGCUGUCUGCAUAUUGAAAGGGAUCAAAGCUGACAAAAUCCCUGACCCAACUGGUUCAGGGAAGAAAACUGAAGAUUUCUGGGGCCCUGCUAAGAGACUUCUCGGUGACAUAAGGUUUCUGCAGUCACUUCAUGAGUACGACAANGACAAUAUUCCUCCUGCUUAUAUGAAUAUCAUAAGGAAGAGUUAUAUCCCCAACCCAGACUUUGUUCCAGAGAAGAUCCGGAAUGCUUCAACAGCUGCUGAGGGUCUGUGCAAGUGGGUCAUAGCAAUGGACUCCUAUGACAAAGUGGCAAAAAUUGUAGCUCCCAAAAAGAUAAAGCUGGCUGCAGCCGAAGGGAAGCUGAAUAUUGCUAUGGAAGGCCUUAGAAAGAAGCAGGCUGCCCUGCAUGAGGUUCAGGACAAGCUGGCCAAACUCCAAGACACACUUGAGUUGAAUAAGCAGAAGAAAGCAGACUUGGAACACCAGGUUGACUUGUGCAGCAAAAAGCUAGAACGGGCAGAACAGCUGAUCGGGGGCCUGGGAGGUGAGAAAACCCGAUGGAGCAACUCUGCGCUGGAGCUUGGGCAUCUGUACAUCAACCUGACUGGUGAUAUCCUCAUCUCCUCAGGGGUUGUCGCCUACCUGGGAGCCUUUACAUCUAACUACAGACAGAUAACUUCAUUUUUUGAGAGGCAGGCUUUGAUUUUCUGUAGGAGACAUAGACUCCAACAACUCUGCUCCAGGCCAAAACUGGACCAGCCCUGCCCAGUUAUGUGCUCUUUUAGACAAGGAAUGAGGAAUGCAAGGCGGUGGCCUCUGAUGAUAGACCCUCAAGGUCAGGCUAAUAAGUGGAUCAAGAACAUGGAGAAAACCAAUAGCCUUCAGCUCAUUAAACUAAGUGACCCUUCCUAUGUCAGGACUCUGGAAAACUGUAUCCAGUUUGGAACUCCUGUGUUGCUAGAAAAUGUGGGAGAAGAAUUGGACCCGAUUCUAGAGCCUCUUUUGUUGAAGCAGACCUUCAAGCAGGGUGGGAGCACAUGCAUUCGGCUUGGAGACUCCACAAUUGAGUAUGCUCCCGACUUCCGCUUCUACAUCACGACCAAGCUGAGGAACCCGCACUAUCUCCCAGAGACGUCAGUGAAGGUGACAUUGUUAAACUUCAUGAUAACUCCUGAGGGAAUGCAGGAUCAGCUUUUGGGAAUCGUAGUGGCACGGGAAAGGCCAGACCUCGAAGAAGAAAAGCAAGCCUUGAUACUACAAGGAGCUGACAACAAAAGGCAGUUAAAGGAAAUAGAAGACAAGAUUUUAGAAGUUCUCUCAUUAUCAGAAGGCAAUAUAUUAGAAGAUGAGACUGCAAUUAAAAUAUUAUCUUCCUCCAAGUCUUUGGCUAAUGAGAUUUCUCAGAAGCAGGAAGUGGCUGAGGAGACAGAGAAAAAGAUUGACAUUACCCGCAUGGGCUAUCGGCCCAUUGCUAUCCAUUCUUCCAUCCUGUUCUUCUCCAUCGCUGAUCUAGCCAACAUUGAGCCCAUGUACCAGUAUUCUCUGACCUGGUUUAUUAACCUGUUCAUCCUGUCCAUUGAGAAUUCGGAGAAAUCAGACAUCUUAUUAAAAAGGCUUCAGAUUCUCAGAGAUCACUUCACCUACUCACUCUAUGUCAACAUCUGCCGCUCNCUCUUCGAAAAGGACAAGUUGCUGUUUUCAUUUUGUCUCACUGUGAAUCUGCUGAUACAUGACAACGCGAUUAACAAAACAGAGUGGAGAUUUCUACUGACUGGUGGCAUUGGGCUGGAUAAUCCUUAUACCAACCCUUGCACAUGGCUUCCUCAAAAGUCCUGGGAUGAGAUUUGCCGACUAGAUGACUUACCUGCCUUUAAGACCAUUCGCAGGGAGUUUAUGCGCUUAAAGGAUGGAUGGAAAAAAGUAUAUGAUAGUAUGGAGCCACACCAUGAGAUGUUUCCAGAAGAUUGGGAAAAUAAAGCAAAUGACUUUCAGAGGAUGCUUAUUAUCCGUUGCUUGAGGCCAGACAAGAUCUCAUUUUACAAACCUAAUGCUAGCACAGAUAGGUCUAUCAUCCGCCUUCAGCUCAUUAAACUAAGUGACCCUGACUAUGUUAGGACUCUGGAAAACUGUAUCCAGUUUGGAACUCCUGUGUUGCUAGAAAAUGUGGGAGAAGAACUGGACCCGAUUCUAGAGCCGCUUUUGUUGAAGCAGACCUUCAAGCAGGGUGGGAGCACAUGCAUUCGGCUUGGAGACUCCACAAUUGAGUAUGCUCCUGACUUCCGCUUCUACAUCACAACUAAGCUGAGGAACCCGCACUAUCUCCCAGAGACGUCAGUGAAGGUCACAUUGUUAAACUUCAUGAUAACUCCUGAGGGAAUGCAGGAUCAACUUUUGGGAAUCGUAGUGGCACGGGAAAGGCCAGACCUCGAAGAAGAAAAGCAAGCCUUGAUAGUACAAGGAGCUGACAACAAAAGGCAGUUAAAGGAAAUAGAAGACAAGAUUUUAGAAGUUCUCUCACUAUCAGAAGGCAAUAUAUUAGAAGAUGAGACUGCGAUUAAAAUAUUAUCUUCCUCCAAGUCUUUGGCUAAUGAGAUUUCUCAGAAGCAGGAAGUGGCUGAGGAGACAGAGAAAAAGAUUGACAAUACCCGCAUGGGCUAUCGGCCCAUUGCUAUCCAUUCUUCCAUCCUGUUCUUCUCCAUCGCUGAUCUAGCCAACAUCGAGCCCAUGUACCAGUAUUCUCUGACCUGGUUUAUUAACCUGUUCAUCCUGUCCAUUGAAAAUUCGGAGAAAUCAGACAUCUUAUCAAAAAGGCUUCAGAUUCUCAGAGAUCACUUCACCUACUCACUCUAUGUCAACAUCUGCCGCUCNCUCUUCGAAAAGGACAAGUUGCUGUUUUCAUUUUGUCUCACUGUGAAUCUGCUGAUACAUGANAACGCGAUUAACAAAACAGAAUGGAGAUUUCUACUGACUGGUGGCAUUGGGCUGGAUAAUCCUUAUACCAACCCUUGCACAUGGCUUCCUCAAAAGUCCUGGGAUGAGAUAUGCCGACUAGAUGACUUACAUGCCUUUAAGACCAUUCGCAGGGAGUUUAUGCGCUUAAAGGAUGGAUGGAAAAAAGUAUAUGAUAGUAUGGAGCCACACCAUGAGAUGUUUCCAGAAGAUUGGGAAAAUAAAGCAAACGACUUUCAGAGGAUGCUUAUUAUCCGUUGCUUGAGGCCAGACAAGGUUAUUCCGAUGCUGCAGGAAUUCAUAAUCAAGAAAUUGGGGCGCCCUUUCAUUGAGCCACCCCCCUUUGACUUGGCCAAGGCAUUUGGGGACAGUAACUGUUGUGCACCAUUGAUCUUUGUGCUCUCCCCUGGAGCAGAUCCCAUGAAUGCUCUUCUGAAAUUCGCUGAUGACCAGGGAUAUGGGGGCUCAAAACUUAGCUCUCUAUCUCUGGGCCAAGGCCAAGGGCCCAUCGCUAUGAAGAUGUUAGAGAAAGCUGUCAAGGAUGGGACCUGGGUUGUUCUUCAAAACUGUCACCUUGCCACCUCUUGGAUGCCAACUCUUGAGAAAGUUUGUGAGGAGUUAAGCCCAGAAUCAACACACCCUGAUUUCCGAAUCUGGCUGACGAGUUACCCAUCUCCAAAUUUCCCUGUGUCGGUCCUGCAGAAUGGAGUAAAAAUGACCAACGAAGCACCGAAAGGAUUACGGGCAAAUAUCAUCCGAUCAUACCUCAUGGACCCGAUCUCUGACCCUGAAUUCUUUGACAGCUGCAAAAAGCCUGAGGAAUUCAAGAAAUUGCUUUAUGGCCUCUGUUUCUUUCAUGCUUUGGUACAAGAGAGACGAAAAUUUGGACCCCUGGGGUGGAAUAUUCCUUACGAAUUCAAUGAGACAGAUCUAAGAAUCAGUGUGCAGCAACUCCACAUGUUCCUGGACCAGUAUGAGGAACUUCCUUACGAUGCUCUCCGCUACAUGACUGGGGAAUGUAAUUAUGGAGGCCGGGUGACCGACGACUGGGACCGGCGCACAUUGCGCAGCAUUCUCAAUAAAUUCUUCUGCACAGAAUUAGUUGAAAAUCCACAAUACAAAUUUGACUCUAGUGGCAUCUAUUUCAUUCCUCCCUCUGGUGAGCACAAAAGCUACAUCGAAUACACAAAGACUCUGCCACUGAUCCCAGCACCAGAAAUCUUUGGGAUGAAUGCCAACGCUGACAUCACUAAGGACCAGUCAGAGACACAGCUGCUGUUUGAUAACAUUCUCCUUACCCAGGUGUGUAUGGUAUGA